AUGAUGCCUGGGGACCUGUCAUGGAUUUCGUACUGUACGUUCCUGGCUCAGCAGCUUUCCCGAUACGGAAACCACAAACAAACCCAUGAGGGAAUUACACGUGCCUUCCAAAAAGUUGCUCAACCUGUGACACAUUUUGCUCUCUGGUUAAUCCAGUGGGCACCUGUCGCUCCCGAGGUCAGCAGUCGUGAAUUUGUGGCGUCCUUGUUGAGAGGGGUCCUCCCCGAUAUUCGCGCCCGUGCACAAAAAUCAUACACGCAGUUCUCAGACUAUACUUCAUUUGCUAUGUAUCUCCAGGAAGUCGAAAUCUCCACUCCGUCCCGAGCGAAAUUUCUCGCAAAACGGAAUACUAUUGCCGUCCCAACCGAUGAGCGUUUCGUCCCAAUGAAUACAAAUGAAACUAGGCGCCAGCUUAAAGCAAUUUUGCCAUCAGAACCGCCGGGACAACCUGCCUGGCGAGUUGAGGCUUUGUCUCCACCUGAGCGCUAUAGCCAAUUCGAAGGUCGACCAUCGCCAGAAGUGCCGGUCCCUCGGGACCUGCCGCUCUACUCGGCACGCAGCUGGUCUGAAUGCAAAACUUUCAUGUCCAAAUUGCAAGAUUACUUCGAUAAGUACCCAGACCACUGCAAUGAAGCUCGCAAACUCGAGAUCGGCAGGGAUAAUCUGUCGCGUACACUGCUUGAAAAGUGGGACGAGCAUGCCGCCCGCCUUAGAACAGCGACCUGGCUCGCAUUCUGCGUUUUCCUUGUUGACCGGCUUCCUUCCGAAGGCGCAGGAAACUUCAAGUAUAGUAAUACUUACCAAGGAGUCAAUCAAUCUGUGUGCACCUUCGCGCUCGAAAUACUCCGUUGGGCUCCGGCUAACUUCGGCGUGACGCAUAGCCGCCUGCGGCACCUGUGGGACAGGGUGCUGCCCGAAAUCCGUUCAAGCGCCCAUAAAAACUGGGAUGAUUUUGACGAAUUUCAUGUCUUUGUUGCUUAUCUGCAGCAUGUCCAGGACUCCUUUUCAUUCCGAAAAACAGGAGAAGAUUCGACAAAGCUCCCUUCACGAAAGCGCUUUCGCGUCGAUGACAGCCCUUGA